AUGUCACUGACGCGUGCGGAGCUUUCAACGGCACUGGAAGUGCAAAUUCCGAUGGCGAUUGAUGCCCAUGGCAUCGUGUGUACCAACAGUGCACAUCAGGAUGAGCCGUGCACCUGCACGCUGGUUCAGAAUGAGACGCUGCUUUUCAAUGAAUACAAUGGUGCCAAGGUGAUGUGA